GACCGUGUGGCACAUUGGCCAAUAGGCCUCUUUCAUAUAUAGACUGAGCAAUUUGCAAAUAGUUGCUUCUUUGCUUCACCCAACAGAGACCUAUUUAGGCAGGAUCUGAAGUGCAGGACACAAGCCCUCUCCCUGAACUGAUGGCGCUGAGCUGGGCCGCCACCACCAUUCUGGCGCUCACCCUGUCUUGCCUGCUCAUCCUCAUCACCUGGAAAUGGAGAAGCAAGGGAGCCAAGCUGCCCCCAGGCCCCCUGCCUCUGCCCUUCCUGGGGAACUUGCUGCAACUCAGGAUCACGGCCAUGCUUGAUUCUUGCCUGCAGCUCAGGGAGACAUAUGGCCCAGUCUUCACGGUGUACUUUGGGUCCCUACCAGUCGUGGUUUUGUGCGGACAUGAUGCUGUGAAGGAGGCUCUGGUGGGCCAAGCAGAUAACUUCAGUGGUCGUGGACGAAUGGGCUCAGUUCCUAAGAACCGUGAGAAAGGUCUAGUCUUUGCUAAUGGAGAACAGUGGAAGAUUCUCCGACGCUUCACCCUGACUGCUCUCCGGGACUUUGGGAUGGGAAAACGGAGGAUUGAGGAACGAAUCCUGGAGGAGGCUGGCUUCCUGCUCAAGGAAUUCCACAAGACCAAGGGUGCACCCAUCAACCUCACUUUCUUCCUGAGCUGCGCUGUCUGCAAUGUCAUCAGUUCCAUAGUCUUUGGAAGCCGCUUUGACUACGAGGACGGGCAGUUCCGGAAGCUGCUGCAGAUGAUCCACUGGAACGUAUCUGCUAUUAACUCACCAUUGGCACAGCUGUAUAACAUGUACCCUGGAGUCAUGCAGUAUUUGUCAAGAAGAAAUGAUCACAACUUGAAAAAGGAGCUCACAGAUUUUAUUACCACCACAGUUAAGGCCCACGAAGCCUCCCUGGUUCCACAGAACCCUCGAGACUUCAUCGACUGCUUUCUCAUCAAGAUGCACCAGGAUCAACGUAAUCCCCACACAGAAUUCAACCUCCAGACUUUGCUGAUAGUCCUUUUCGACCUGUUCUCUGCCUCCACUGAGACCAUUACCUCAAGGCUCUAUAUUGGAUUCCUGCUGCUGCUGAAGCACCCGGAGGUGAUGGCCAAGGUUCAUGAAGAGAUUGACCAGGUGAUUGGGCCACACCGGUUACCUAGUAUGGAUGACAGGCUGAAGAUGCCCUACACAGAUGCUGUGAUCCACGAGAUACUCAGAAGGAAAAGGACAGGCAUGGGUAUCCCCCGUUGUGUCACCCGGGACACUGAAUUCCGAGGCUACCUCCUGCCCAAGGGCACCAUCGUGUAUCCUCUGCUGGACUCUGUCCACAAUGACCCCAGCUACUUCAGUCAGCCAGAUGCCUUCUGUCCCCAGCACUUCCUGGAUGAGCAAGGCCAGUUCAAGAAGAAUGAAGCCUUUAUGCCCUUUUCCUGUGGUAGGUUUCUGUGCUGUGAUAUCCCACCCCCAGAAACCUGCUCUCUGUGUGCUCCAACUGUUUGCCUGUAUCUGAAAUUUAGGGCUUGGGGCAGUGGGUGUGGUUCCACAGAUCUUAAAACACUGGACUUGGGGCCAGAUGGUGAUACACCUGGUUAAGCGCACACAUCACAGUGUGCACAAGGACCGGGGUUCAAGCCCCUGACCCCCACCUACACAGGGAAAAGUUCACAAGUGGUGAAGCCGGUCUGCAAAGUCUCUCUGUCUCUCUCCCUCUCUAUCUUCCCCUUCUCCAUUUCCCCCUCCCUCCUCGAUUUCUUUCUCUGUCUCUAUCCAAAAAAUAAAUAAAUGAAAGGAGCAACAACAACAAGAAAAUA